AUGCUCCACGCGGAGCUAAGCACUGGGAAUUCACAGGCAGAGAAAGCCGGGCGAGCCCUGGCAGCAGGUGGCUCCCGGACGCCUCCACGUCCACUUUCCUCCGCGGCACCGCGCUGCCGGGCCCAUCCCGGCCACAGCCGCCACCCGGCCGGGCCCUCGGCUCCGCUUCUGCUCCGGAUCUGCGCGAAGUGGGAAAAGACGAGCCGGCAGCGCCCUGAACAAACCAGAAAAACAGCCCUCCUCUGCUCCGCUCGCGAGCCCACAGUAGGCGCGACGGCUCUACCCCGCAGGGGCCUGGGGCGCCUCCCCAGCGCCAGCGCCGCCCCACCGCGCCCCGCCCGCCGCCCGAGGUCGGCCCGCCGCGCCCGCGGGGGGCGGAGAGCGAGCCGCUCGGGAGUCCAUUCUGGACUCUGCACCCUUGCGAGUGUGCGCCCUGCUGCCCGCGGGCCGCUCAGCGCUCAGUCCAUGGAAGGGGCCAGAUCCCCGUCGCCGGGGGAAGACCUGGAGCUCCAGGCGCUCGGAGGGCAACCGGAGGAGCAGAAGCCUCUCAAUGGAACCGUCCAGGUCAUCCCUCUUUCGGUGGAGGAGCCCUGCCCAGCCCAGGAGAAGGAGGAGAACCCUUGGAGUUCCUGUAAUAAGAAAUUGAUUGGAAAGUGCAAACUGUGGAUGGUCAUCGCCUCUGUUUUCCUAGGUCUCAUUAUAGUCAUCAUAAUAAGCUUAUGUCUUAUUGGAGUAACUUACAUUGAUGAAGAUGCAAAUGAAAUACUUGAGUUAUCAUCGAAUAAAACCUUCUUGGUUGUGCUCAAGAUUCCAGAGGAGUGCGCUGCUGAGGAGGAAUGGCCUCACCUGCUCAUGGAGAGGCUGACCCAUGUGUACGCGUCAUCCCCAUCGCUGAGCCAUUAUUUUACUUCAGUGGAAAUGACGGACUUCAGCGGUGAAAAUGCCACAGUAGCCUUCCACCUGCAAUUUGGGGUUCCUUCGGAAGAUGACGGUUUUAUGAAGUACAGGAUGAAUAAGGAGUUGGUGCGGGGCGUUUUGCUACAGAAUCUGCAUGAUCAGGGAGUGUCUGGCUGUGAGACUUUGGGACUGGACCCAGCAUCCCUCUUGCUCUAUGGGGAGAGUGUGGUGGUCCUGUCACAAGAGAUUCUUAGUCCCAGGGUCUCAGUUAAAUGGGUCGUAGGUGGACGGCAGUAUGAAGGGCUGCCGUGGAUGGGGACGUGUCCAAACGUUGCAAAGGUGUUUGUUCCUCUUUGCUCCUUGAUAUCAUUUAUUCAAGGUCUGCGGUAA